AUUGUCGGGUAUAUUUAGAGCCAGCCUAACGUAGAGAGAGUUCAUAGCAGACGGGUGAGAGACCAAGGGAGGCGGAGGAUGAAAUGUGGUUGAAGAUCUGGGUGGAAUUUUCAGCUGAUUGAUUUUGGUGGGGCGAACGCUGUUUCAAUGUGGUAAGCGAAAAGACGCGAGUGACUGAGAGGAUUGGGGUGAACGCAGAGCCGCGGUGUUUCCGGAUAUAUCCAUCAGAAGCGAACGUUAAGUCGACAUGCCUAAGCUUUACUAUCUACAAAAGACGGGCUUCCUGGCCCUGUUCACCAUGAUGGUGGUAUUCACGGCGGUAUUGAUGUUUUUGUAAUGAUACGACGAACGGUGUGGGAUAAAGGGGACUUUAUCCAUGGACUGUCACGGAAGGACCUGAACCAGUAUUAACGUUAUACACAAUCUCGUCUGCCUGUCUGCUGUGUAUGUGCACGUACAAGCUUAAGUGACCAGCUGGGUUGAUCACUCAAGAGAAAGGAACCAGAACUACAAAGAAAUCAUCCGUUUGUCUGUUGAAAGAAUAUUGAGAAGAGUUCAAGAUGUCCAGGAGACCAACGUACAACAGGCAAGACUCCUUGUCCGCCACUCUUCAAGAAGCCUUCAUAAAAUACGACAAGAAGAAAACGGGAAAGAUGGACAUUCACGACCUGUUCCGCGCGCUGCGCAUGCUGGGACUGAACCCGACGGAAGAACAGAUCAUCUCCAUCCGCAGGGAUAUCGACGACGGGUCGGGGUUCGUGCACUUCGACGACUUCUGCAACAUCGUCAGAAGAUUAAUGUACCAAGCAGAAGAGGAGCACGCCGCCGAUGAUCUGAGAGUGGCGUUCCAAAUGUUCGACAGAGAAGGUUCUGGGUACAUACGGGCAACCGAAUUUAGGAAGGUGAUGACGACAUUAGGGUACCGGAUGAGUGUACAGGAAGUGGACGACAUCCUGAAGAUGGUUGACGUCACAGGAGAUGGAAUGAUCAACUACGAGGAAUUCAUCAACGUUUUGGCCGCGUGAAGGAGAAAAUAAUUCAAUGUCUGCUUUUUAUUGAUUUAUACUGACAGCUAUGGGAUAUGAGGAGAGAUGCUUUGAGUCUCUAAGCUUCAGCUAAAAAAAUUGCAAACUAGAAUUAAUAAACACCAGCUAGCUAAGGGUAUAUCGCCCCUUAAGUAAAAAACGUCGUGUGUAAGCACGUCGACCGAUGAUGAUGAUUAUUAACACUAAAUUCAUAAGGAAAUAUUCUCAUUGAUUGAUAUGAUGUAACAAUGUUACCGGUAGCUGUGGAUAUAAUGACAAUUAUUGUAAAUUCCUCUAGAGACUUUAAAUUAACAUUAAAUUCGCAUGGGGUAUUCUUUUCGAUCAAGAAGAUGUAACAAUAUCAAUUGUAGCUAUUUGUAUAAUUAGACUUAUUUUAAGUC